UAAAAUGGCGUCGAAAUUGAAACCGGCUAGACUGGAGUCUGAAAUAGAACGUUGUAGAACUGAUUCUAAUUGGAAAAGAGCAUGUGAACUGGCGCAACAACUUGUUCAGAAGUCACCAGACAUGGUCCCUCUUGUAAAUUUCAUAUUGGCAGAGAGAGAAUUAGAGGAAUUUUUAAAUGAACACCCCCCGUCCGAACGGACGAUUGCGAAAGCUAAAAAUGAACUCAAUGUCACAGAGCAAAGACUUUAUGACCUCACAAAAAAUAAGGCCCUUGUUAAAUUUUGCUUUGAAUCACAACUUUUGUUAGCGAAGCUUCAGUUUUGUAAAGGUGCUUAUCAAAAUUCCAUGACAACCUUAGAAAAAUCAGACUUUGAAAGUAAAAGUAUUGAUCGGUCGUCAAACAGACAACUGUUGCUCUUAGCUGAAGCCCAUGCCAUUAAAGGAAUGUGCUUAGAAAAAACAGCGUUACAGUCUACAAGCAAGUUUCGAGUAACAGAAAGAGAGCAGCAGAUAAUAGAGUGUUUAGAACAAGCUGGAGACCUAGCUUUACUGUAUUUACAAGAACGGGAAAAACAUCAAGCAAAUACUGGAAUGUUUGUUGUUCCAGCUCACCCAACAAGUGACUCUGUAGGGUUGAUCAUUGAAUAUGCAAUACAACAAACACCAAUACUGCACAUAAAGAAUGGUGAUAUACAAAAGGGUAUAGGACGUUUUAGAGAGUUGUUGAGAGCAGUUGAAACAAGGUGUACUCAGAAUUUACGCUUAACGUUGGCAAGGCAGCUGGCUGAAGUUUUAAUGAGAGGUGUUUGUACGAACACUUACAUACCUGUCUGUGUAAAUCCUUUAUCUCCAAGUAAUGACAAAAAGCCACACCAGUAUGUGGGAAAAGAUUUGUUUGUUCCCACAGAUGAAAAUGAAGAAACCUUACUUUUACUCUUGAUAGCAGAAGCAGUAGCGACACGUGAAGCAGUGCUUGACAGGACUCAGGAACUGAAUGAAACAAGACUGCAUGCAUUUCAAAAUACUACAUCUGUCUAUGAUUUACUGGCUAUUGCACUAGUGAAACGUGCUCAAUUUAGUUCCUUGGCAGAAUCAUUUGAAAGGGCAAUGAGAUUUUCUUUUGAAGAAUUUCAUAUUUGGCAUCAGAUGGCAAAUUCUUUAAUAUGUGCUGGUAAAUAUGCAGCAUCACUUUUGGUUUUACGUGAGUGUUGGAGAUUGCAGCCUGAAAAUGCUGUUGUAUGCUUACAGGCUGCGAGAUUAUGUUAUGAAUAUCUUCAUCAAUACAAUGAAGGUAUUGAAUGGUCAAAAAGGGUGUGUGAACUUAGUGACAAUAAUCCACUAUUAGCUAGAGCUCAUAUAGCAUAUGGUAUUGGAAAAAGUAUGGCAGCAAUUGAAACAAAACUUCAAAAGGAAAGGCAAAGUCUAAAUAUGGAAGCUUUAACUGCUUUCAAAAAAGCACAUGCAUUAGACCCGUUUGACUUUCUGGCUUUGUUUCACAUGUCUUUACAGCUGGCCAUAAUGCGACAUAUUCCAGAGGCAAACCAUUAUGUAAGGACUGCAUUGAAAUAUCGCAAUGACCAUAUCCAUUCUUUACAUCUUCUAACUUUGUUAUUAACAUCACAGAAGCAAUAUGGUGAAGCGCUCGAUUUGAUCCAUGCUGCUCUUGCUGAAUAUCCUGAUAAUCUUAGUCUGCUAUUAACCAAGUCUAAACUAGAAGAGGUUACUAGUGGUCCAGAAGAAGCUCUAAAUACAUGCAAAUUAAUGAUGAAGUUGUGGAAAGAUAUCCAUGAAAUUGACAGUGAUGAUAGUUCUGAUGGAAAAGGAGCCACAAUGGAUAGAAAUACUUUUGAUAAAAGAAGUCUAGCUCAACUCACUAUAAAUGAAUUCAGUGAAAGGGGAUCUGGCUCAAUUAGGGCAGAAUCUGUUGCUGCUUCAAGAAUGGAGAGAGCAUUGUCUGAAGUGGCAUCAUCACUCAACAGUGGUCUACAAGCUCGUCCAGGUUCUCAACAAUCGUGGAUGUUGCAGGCACAAAUUUGGCUUCACCUAGCUGAACUUUAUCUGAGUCAGGAUAAAACAUCUGAAGCAGAAAACUGUGUAAAUGAGACAUCAAAUAUGUUUCCAUUAUCUCACCAAGUUUAUUUUAUGAAGGGACGAGUUUUGGAACAUAAACAGAAAUAUCUUGAUGCUAAAGUGUGCUUUGAAAAUGCUGUAGCUAUUAACCCUGGGCACACGAAGAGUUUGCAACAUUUAGGAAUGGUUUUGCAUCAUUUAAAUGAAAAUAAAUUAGCAGAGAAGGCUCUUAAGGAAGCUGUUGCUGUUGACCCCAUGUCUCACCAGGCAUGGUUUUCAUUGGGUUUAGUCUUAGAGGCAUUAGGACAUUCUGAAACGGCUGCAGAUUGUCAUGCUACUGGAGUUGAUUUAGAAUUCUCAAGUCCAAUUGUAUCGUUUACUGUUAUACCAAGGUUAAUGCAAUGAUUUAUGUACUGGAAAUAUACCGGUUAUAACAAAUAUUUGCAUAAUUCAUAGCUGUGAUAUUUUCAUAUCUUCCAUAUUCUAUUUGAUGUUGUUCAAUGCAUAAUGUUUUGCAUUUUGUUUUUCACAAGCUUUAUAUAAACGAACUAUUUAUGUUUAUUAGUUAAAAUUAUAUAAAUAUAAUUAAUCCAUGUAAACUAUAGAUAAAUAUUCAAACUUUUCCCCUGUAUAUAUGAUACUUGUAUCGUGACAAGUUUUAUAAAUAGAAAAGAUGUUAUUGUACAUUGUAUGUGUAUGCAUGUAUUUGGUUCAUUUUGUAAGCAAAUUCUGUUGUGAAAUCUAUUUUCUCCUUAAUUUAAAUGUAUAAUAUUUGGAAAAUAAUUUCUUGAUUAAUGUAUAUCCAAAGGUUGGCCAUUUUUUUUAACAAAAUAUUAAUUUACAUUGUUGCACUAUUAUACCAAUUCAAAAUGCAUUCUGUUGUGAAACUAUUUCCUCCUUAAUUUAAAUGUAAGUGUAUAAUAUUUGGAAAAUAAUUUCUUGAUUAAUGUAUAUCCAAAGGGUGGCCAUUUUUUUUUAAUAAUAUAUUAAUUUAAAUUGUUGCACUAUACCAAUUCAAGAUGCAUUAUGUAAGUAAGAAGGGCUGCCUAUUGCGUGUCUUUAUUUUGGUUUCAAAAUGUUAUAUAAAUUAUUAAUUAGACAUUUAUUAACAUAAGUAGCCUAUAAUCAACUCUCUAAACCAAGGGGUGGCAGAGAUUUAAAUGUAUUAGGAUGCAGCGAUAUUUAAAAGUUUAACAAUAAAGUGGACAAACGAAACCAAGUCUUGAAUGUCCUGUAUCAUUGCUAUGAUAAUAAAGAAUCUGCGCUACAUCUGCCAACACCCAUAACUUCGCUCAGAAUAAAGUAAUUUGAAUGAAAUUUUCAAUUCAUUUUUUACUAUCUAUUUUUAAACUAUUAUAGCAAGAAUGACCAGCUCUACAUCUAAAUCUUAUAUAAUGCAUCUUUAAGUAAAUGUAAUCAGAUUUUUUUAAUUCAAUUUGCAUUAUGCAUAAGUAUCUAUCAGAAAAUCAUGAAUUUAUCAAUUUUGUAAAUUACUUAAAUCAUAAUACUAAUAAGUGUUUAACUUGCACGUAGACAGCUAAAAUUUAAAAUUUAGAGUAACCCUACAGUAAAGGCUUAAAUGAUAUGUUAGAUAAUAUACUGUACUACUUGUUUA